AUGGCCCACAUCCUAUCUCUUCCUGUCGAAACCCUGACCGACAUUCUGGUCAUUCUUAUGCCAUUUAGAUCAUCGAAAUGGCAUGGAUUGGAUGAAAUGGAACGAAGCUUGCAUCUUCGCCUCGUAUGUCGGGACUUUGAAAGCAUUGUUUCUCGGAUGGUACUCCCAAGAAAGGGUCGCACUUUUGUCCUCCCUGAAGUGUGUCCGAGUAACAGCUAUACUAUGGCCUGGCUUGUCCGUAUGAAAUGCCUCCUAGACGACACGCAGAAAGGUUCGAUUACUACAUAUUUUCGACAAUGGGCAUCAUUCAUGGCGGCGCAGAGCACAUGGACCAGAGAUGGCCGGCCUAUCAGUGAGAUUGAAUGGUUGAGAAUUGUCUGUAGGUCUGCUGUCGAAUCACAGUCUCGACAUUCGGAUUUAGCAGCACUUCUUCAGCGCAAUGAGGGUGGGGUCUCGUCUGAUCUCGAUGAAAUAGAUUUAAGCCUCCCUCUGCGUCUUCUUGAAAGACAGGAGCAUGAACGAAAUGGUGACAGGGUUGAGAUAAUGAGAGACGCCGCAGGCGCUCUUCACAUUGCUGCACAUCAAGGCAAUCAUGCAGCUGUCAACGCACUGCUCAUUGCCGGGGCCGACCCUACAUAUAAGCAUAUGAUUUUUGGCUACCCAGAAGACAACGCAGUUUAUGGUGGACACCUCGAAAUUGUGUCCUUAUUACAGAAACAUGGAAGCACGCAUGAAUCUCGCGCACGACCUGCCCGCCUCCUCUCUAUUGCUGUCAAGAGAGACUUCACCCAAAUUUUCAAAUUGCUGCUGGACUCAAGCCCCUUCCUUUUUGGAAAGGCUGACCUAUAUGAUUGGUUAGAAAGAGCAUGCGAGCGCGGCAAUAUCGAUAUCAUUCACGAGCUUUUCUCAUGGGUUGAUAAGUCGUCUCCUCGGGAAGAGGGAAACCGAGGUUUCAUAAGCAGACUUCUCUGCCGUCCCAAGCCAGUCGAAAGUAAAGACUCCCCAAGUUACGGAAUACGCCAAGAAGACCAGCAGCGCCCUCAGAAUAUUGUUGGAAAAGCAAUACAACAUAAUCACCCCGAAAUCGUUCAGUUCCUUAUCCAUCGACAUGAAUUUCGGCCAACGAAAGCAAAAGAUAUACAGGAGCCCUUAUUUAUGGCCUGUCGGCAAGAUCGAGGAGAUAUCCUCACAAUUCUACUUGACCACUACUAUGUGAACCGGAGUGUUUUAGCCUUGAUAUUGCGUGAUGCGGCAUACUUCAACAGGGUCUCGGUCAUCAAGGCGCUCUUGCGUCAGGCAGAUCUCAGGGCAGUUGUGGGGUCUUCCUAUAUGCAGAUGACUUUGGUGUUUGCUAUCAAAUAUGGCUCCAGGGAUGCUAACUCAUUGGAGAUUGUCCGGAUACUACUUCUAGAGAAGGGCGUUGAUCCAAAUGCAUGCUAUGAGUGUACACCGCUCGAGGCCGCCGUUGAAAGAGAUGAUACGGCCAUGGUGAAAUUGCUUCUCAGCCACCCAAAAGUGAACCCAAAUACUAGAGGUCAUGAGCAUAGUCCCCUUUGCAAUUCUGUGCGGGGGAAAAGAUUAGAAAUAGCACGGCUACUUCUCGAACGACUAGAUACAGAUGUGAAUCAGGGUUGCUCAGAUGUCGAGGACUAUGGCGACGCACUUCGUUCUGUAAUUCAACAAGGCGACGUACUGAUCACAAAACUGCUCCUGCAUCGGAAGGACAUUGACGUGAACAAAGCCGGCAAGCACCGGCCGCCUUUGGCUAUUGCGGCUUCUUGUGGACACAGUGAAAUCGUCUCAGAGCUUCUCAGGCACCCUGGCAUUGAUCCGAACCAUACAUCCAUCUCACGAGAGCCGCUCAUGGUUCAUGAGAUGGCAAAAGGUAGCUGGAAUUUCGAAAUGAUAUCAUCCGAAACCCGGUAUGGUUCAAUCUCAGACUCACCAUUGCUAUUGGCAGCACAGAACGGCCAUCUGGACAGCAUCAAAUUGCUGUUGGAAGAUUCCCGUGUGUCUACAGUGUCUUUAGACGAAACUGGGAGAACACCCCUAUGGUGGGCAGCCCACAAAAGUUCGGCAGAUAUGGUCAACCUUCUAUUGGAGAAGGACGGCGGAGAACAGAUCAACAAACAAGACUUCCAGGGUUGGACGCCAUUGCAUGUUGCGGUGACCCAGAAAUGCUUUUCCGCAUUCCUUGUUUUACUAUCUCAUCCGGAUAUCGAACCAAAUAUAGUAACUAAAGAUGGGUGGGCACCAUUACAUAUGGCCAUAGCUGGCGGGAUGGGCUUAAUGGUGAAAACGUUUUUUGAAAAUCCGAAAGUCAACUGCGAGCAGAGGGUGAGCAAGGCUGGCAUGACACCACUUGGGUUGGCGAAGGAGAUAGGAAAUGAAGAUGUAAUUGCUUUGGUAUCGGCAUCGCCUCGCACCCAACCCCCUGAAUCUAGCUUGCUAGUUAAAACAAAACUAAGAUGA